CCGUCCCGCGCACAGCUCUAGACAGCUGUUGGCGCAGCAAGCACUGAGCGAAGCGCCUCCCAUUUCCCUUUUUUCUCUCAACGCGCCAAUGUCCGCAUCGGACGCCCGCUACAUCCUCCGGUGGGCGGGUGCGCGCCGUCUGAAAACCCCUCCUCUUUUUAAAAAGCGGACCGCAAUGAUUUAGAAGUUCAGGAAUCCCACGUGACGUCACCGCGAGGUGAUGUAAUGCUUCUGUAAAUAGAUCAUAUUGUAAUCGCGUUUCACUUCAGCGUGCUUCGUCUGAGCGCGAGGAGCGUUGCUAGUCUCAGUCUGCGUGCGUUUAGGUAAGUUAGUAUUACUGUUUUUCACUCGCUUGUGAAUAUGUUUCCACUCUUAGUUCAGAACUUAAAUGGAGCGCGUUUCUUGUACAGUGCUGUUGGGAUUUUAUGUUGUUGUUUUACUGUCAAGUUAGUGUCUGUCAAAGUGCCGGUGUCCAUUGAGAUGUUCGUAAACUGUUUGAAUGUCGGUUCGAGGGGGUGUGACACCACUAAACGAACAGAGAAAUAAAGAGUAUUAGAAUAAAAAAGGGUUUGACUAUCGGAAAAUGUAUGUCUUUGUGAAUCUUUAGUAGCCUAAAGAUUGUCAACAAACUUGUCAACAAAUACGUUUUAGGGAAAUGGCUGUUGGACAGUUAGCUGUUGAAAGACAGACUGAAUUUUAAAUAUAUUUAAAUGUUUGGUUGCACACGUGCGCGUGUUUUGAGGGCGUAAGUAUUUGCAUUUGCUUUGGAUUAAUCAAAUUAUUAUUAUUAAUGUUAUUUUCAAAUAAACCCAAUAUGACAUGUGCCGACACGUACUCCAAAGUGAUUCAGACAACUUCACGAUAUUUUCACCGCUAAAAUGGCACAUUAUUGCCCCUGGUUAGAAUGUCUGAUCUCAGUUGUUUGGGUUUCUGAAAUUCGUGACACCGCGUGAGUCCUCCGGUUUCGCCAUUACGUCAUUCUGCAGGCCGGUUAGACGCUUGGCAUUUUAGCACCGUAGACCCGUCUUGCCAAUUCAAACUCUGGCCCCGGCUGAACUAAAUGAUGAUGUCAUGACUAGAGGAAUGCUCACGUUAUGAGUGACUGGGGUUGUUUUAUAUAUAAGGUGCGACUAAUAGGCUACGUAGUACGUUAUAAUAUAGAGAACACAUAGAGAAGAGAACUCAAACAGGGAAAUGUGAACAGAAUUAGGAGAACUGAAAGAAAUAUGAAUAGGUCAUGCGUUUUUAAGACUAUAUUUCACUAAUUAGGUGUCAUCUAUCUAUCUAUCUAUCUAUCUAUCUAUCUAUCUAUCUAUCUAUCUAUCUAUCUAUCUAUCUAUCUAUCUGCCUGUCGUUUAUUUUCAUAAAAGUACAUGUUGUACAUUGACAGAUAGAUCAUUUUUAUUUGUCUGUUUAUUUGUCAUGAGCACUUUAUAAUGUCAUCUCCCAUGUCUGCAUGUGUUUGUAUGUCUGUGUGUGUGCAUGUGUGUGUAUAUGUAUGUUCAGGUUUUUUUAGAUCUCAGUGAUGAAUAUUGAUCAGGACAGGCCAUAUGUAUGCACUGCUCCUGGAUGCUUGCAGCGCUUCCAAAGAGAAGAUCACCUAAUAAUUCACAGACACAAACAUGAGAUGACCCUUAAAUUCUCUUCUAUUAAGUGUGACAAUAUGCUUUCAGAUCAGACUCCAACUCCAACCCGUUUCUUACAGGACUGUGAGGAAGUGGGCCUCUUUACUGACCUGGAGCUUAACCAGUCACAGGCGGAGGAGGAGACAAAACCGAACUUUUCGGCUCAGGUGUCAGGUCAGAACCAGCCUCACACUGAGACACAACCUCAGCAGGGUCAACAUCAUCAGUUUCAGCCUCAGCAACAGCAGCAGUGCGCUCUGGCCCAUCUGAACCAGAGCCAGAACCAGCUCCACAUACACAGCUCACAGCCUCAGUCUCAAUGCACAGCCACAUACUCCACUUCAAAUAAACAAUCUGCACCCAGCUGUCUGCACAGCACACAGGCAAACACCAUGCCUGGGACAUCAGCCAUGAAUAUGGAGGCGCAAUUGUCCAUGAACUCCAGUAUGAUCGGCAUACCAGGCCCCACCCACCCUGGCUCGUGCUCCUCCCUUCAGAGGUCAAAGGUCAUACCAGCCCACAGCCAGCCUGCAGUCUCCAAUGGCAGUCAGAAUCCUCUUUGCCACAUGAUGGAGAUGAUGUCAUCACAACAGCACCCACUGUCGCAUUUACAAUCCUCCUCUCAUCAUCACGCAUACCAACAGCACUGCCACUCACCGCAAAGACUUGCACAUCAACAUCAAAGCCAAGACCAAUCACUUCACAGCCAUGCUCACCACUCUCCACCCACGCACUUGCAUCCUGGCUCCUCCCACCAGACCGCCCCUCCCCUUUCACAUCAGCCAGUACCUACACAGAUGUCCUCCACACCAAAACACACCCACUGCCCGCAGUCUCCUCCACAGCCGACCGUGAGCAGACGCCGACGGACAGCAGAGGAAGACCCGGAUGAGCGCAGACGGAAGUUUCUGGAGAGAAACAGAGCUGCUGCCACGCGGUGCAGACAGAAGAGAAAAGUUUGGGUGAUGUCGUUGGAAAGGAAGGCUGAGGAGCUUACACACACUAACUUACAGCUACAGAAUGAGGUGACGUCACUCAGGACAGAAGUCACUCAACUGAAGCAAAUUCUUCUUGCACAUAAAGACUGUCCUGUCUCUGUGAGACAGAGAGAAACGCAGAGUGGAGUAGGUAGCCCAACAGAAAGUCCUGUCCAGCAACAUGCCAUUCAACACAACAGCAUCUCAACCUCAAGUUCGACUCUACCACACACUCACCUCACCACACACUCCCACCCUAACUAACAACACACAACUAUGACAUGCUCCUACAUACACAUAACAUGAUGAAAACACAAAAUACAAUCCAUCUUCAGAGCCAUAUGGUCAGGGCAUCUAUAACAAAGCAGGUACCCAUCAGUGCAAAAGCAAAACUAAACAGCAAAAUGUUUAAAUCUAUGAUUUAUGACUAAAAGGGAAUGUAUGCAUCACAUAUAUGUCUGUAAUGUUCUUUAAAGAAUAGAAUAAUUCAUAAGAAGUCUGUUUAUAUUUAUGGCCCUUGUCAUCUCAGGAAAUAAGCCGAGGGUCAGAUGGAUGUUUCCAUUGGUUUUAUUUUACCUCACUGUGAUUUUUUUUUUUUUUUUUACAGUGUUGGAAAAAUAAUCUGUCCUUUUACACUCACUAAAUUUAGUUUUCUUUUUCUCAAACCUGUCUCUCACCCUCCAUCUGUCUUCUCACUCUCUUCC